AUGAUGCCUCUUGUCUGUGGGCGAGUUGACGAGAAGCCUCAAACUGCCUUUUGGCUUGUUACCCAAUUUUGGUCCAUAUUUGUCCGGACCUGCCUGCCUGUGUCUUGUUCGUCUUAUGAGUCUCGUGAUGAGGGCGAAAAUGACCGAUCGAUCUGGCUCACUGUUAAAGCAUCCGGUGGCUUUAGCCUAUGCUUGAAGCGUCCUAUCGAUCGCUGUCAGGCCGGACGAGUCCUGCGACUGUCUCGUCUCUUUUGA